CGGCUUGCCCGCCAAUCUCCACAUCGCUAUCCCGUUGAUCGCCACAGGCACCAACCCACCUCUUCUCCCCUCUUCGUGCGGCGCGCGCGCGGGCCGGCAUGACUUCGGCUCCUCUGCUGCUCGGUGGCUGCGAGCCCGCCGAUGGCAAGGGCGGCGAAGGAGAGGCGAAGCCCUGCUCGCCGGCGUGGUUGCGCCGCCUGAUCGACACGGAGGAGGCGUGGGCGCAGCUGCAGUUCGCGGUGCCGAUGGUCCUCACCAACAUGUCCUACUACGGCAUCCCGCUGGUGUCCGUCAUGUUCUCCGGCCACCUCGGCGACGUCCACCUCGCCGGCUCAACGCUCGGCAACUCCUGGGCCACCGUCACCGGCUACGCCUUCGUGAGGAGGCGGUGUUCGCAUGAACCGACACAUGUCAUUCUUGUUCUGGAAGCGCAUGCCUGGAGAGCACGACCACGAGGCCGGGUCCUCCUCAGGAUGCCGCCGCGUGACGACCUUUGCCUUGACCCCGCGGAAUGAUGUGAACAUUGUUUAAGAAUUCACCCGAUUAAUCAGUUAAUGUGUCAGUUAAUCGCUAUUCAUGGCGUGGCCGAAUCGAAUAGCAUCUACUCGUUGCGUUAACUUGUCAGGCCGAUUAAUUGGCCAGUUAGACCGAUUAAUCAGUUGUCAGGUCGAUUAAUCUCUACUGGCCCAUUAACGGGUGGGCAAACAAAACCCACAUUUUUGUACCGUAACCCCCUUCCAACCCUGUCUAGCUCCUUAAUAGCUAGGAUUAAUAAUUUUACCUUCUCUAUGAUUUCCAUAUGUGUACGGCAACAUGUUUUGGCAUACUACAUAGUUGGGAGCAUGAGAGUAUGAUAUAAUAUAUAAAAAAAUCAAGAUAUAUAUUGGCAAGUUCCUAUUCAAUCUACCGAUUAAUGGUCGAUUGAUUAAUCCAGUUAAUAAGCCGAUUCAUCGAUUAGUCGCUACUCCUAAACCGAUCGAGCAGCUACCCGUUAACGAUUUCUUGAACAUUAGCUGUGACGCCGGCGCUCGACCGCAUCUACGCGCCUGUCCACCAACGCCGGCACUAUUGGGAGAAUGCCAUCCCGGUGCCCCAGCCAGAUGUCAAUCUGUCGCACGGCUAGCAUUUGAACCCGGAUAUGGUCCCAGUGUUGCUGGUGCCGGCCACAAGUUGCGCGCAGGAGGCGGAGAUCCAUGUCGUUGUGCUCAGCUCCUGACCGAUCACCGGGACGACCAGGCGUCCGCAAUGGAGUUCACGCACUAGGUCAUGUUGUUCAACGACAAGCACAACGAGCGCCGCUGGUUGUGCUUCGAGGGUGGGCCUCGUGCAAUGCGCGCACGCUCUAGCACCACAGCUGGUGAUGGAGGAGGAUGACGAGGAGGUUGUAGAGUCCUAUAGGAGACCGUCGAAGCCUUCGAGCUCUAGGAGCUCGCCAGGUGGCCUGGCCUGUGGCUGGCACUGGCCGAAUCGGCCGGAGUGCAGGUCGUCAUGCCCCCAUCCGCGCCCGCAUCUGAGCCCGAGCAGCAGUGGUGAACACUGGUGGGGCAAUCGUGGUUGUGGACAUCAAUGUUCCCGUGCACGUCCGAGCUUGUGCCAUGCACCCUAUGUGGGUGGGCGUGGACGAGCGGCAGCCGACGCGACAGUAGUAGGAGGCGCCCGCUGCAUCACUGCACGCGUCGACACCGGCGGUAGUACCGUGGCCGUAUCCAUAGCCAGCGCCGGUCUACAUUGACCUCACCGACGAGGAUAACGGUGACGGCGUGACAGCGACUAGACCUAGACUUUAUUUAUGUUUUUAAUUAAUAUUUUGACGUUUAAUUAAUGGACGAACAGACUUUUGGCAGCACUUUAUAUAUGUUUUUAUUUUCUAUAAAAUCCGGUCGCAAUCUGAAAUGCGUCACUAUGGGCCGACGAACACUGUAUUGAGUUGCCCUAACCAACUCAGAUUUUCUUUCCUGUUGUUGCUGCGUUCCCGUGUAGCGCUUAUAAUUCGCCACCAGCGUUGGAGUUCAACACUCUACGAACAAGCGUAUGUGCGUUGGAGAUGGCCACCGUACUGUAACUUACCAGAGGAAGGCACGAACUCAACCUAGCAUAAAAAAAUACAAAA